AUGUUCAAUCCUUUAAACGUAAACUUUUUAAAUCAAAAAAGUUUCCUAACUUUUAAAUUUCCCCUGAAAAAUCCACAUAUUCUGAAUGAAUUGACCAUAGGACGUUUGAAAGCCCAUAAUCAUCAAACGAGCAUGGGAAUAUCUGAAGAGACAAAAUUAGAGGAAAUAUCUCGUGAUAUUCAAUCGACUUUGGGUAACAGUUCAAAUCAAAUAACAAACUUGGGAGAAAGUCUAAUGUCGGAUCAAAGUGACAACGAAGUUGAACACGAUCCACACCGUAAACGAAAGCAACGACGUUAUCGCACAACAUUCAACAGUUUACAACUUGAAGAACUUGAAAAAGCCUUUUCCAGAACUCACUAUCCUGAUGUGUUUACAAGAGAAGAACUAGCGUUGAAAAUUGGGUUAACAGAAGCGAGAAUUCAGAACAUUCUUUGUGAUGUCAAAUUGAUUUUAGUUUUCUUUCUUUUUCUGUCUUUCCAGGUCUGGUUUCAAAAUCGACGUGCAAAAUGGCGAAAGAAUGAAAAGAUUGGACCAAGUGGUCAUCCUUACAAUCCAUAUUCGCCGAAUGGUGGCCUUCAAGUCCCAUCAUCAUCAUCUUUACCACCUCAUCAUUUCUCACAUUUGGGAUUCAACUUUAGAAAGCAAUUCGAUGCUGCAAGCUUAGCUGCUUUUCGUUAUCCGCAAUUUCCAGGAAAUCCAAUGAUUCCUUCUGCUUAUUUCAAUCAAUUUCAUCGUGCCCCACCCCCGCCUAUGCUUCAUCCUAGUGUUGGAAGUUUAUAUUCUCCAACAGCAAGUGCAUCGUUCCAAACACUUUUGGCAAAUAUUUCAGCUGCUCAACGACCUCCUAUGAAGUCACCAACUGAAUAUUUCUCGCAUCCACCAAACACAACUCUUUCUGUCUCUCCACCAAUCUCUCCAACAGAUUCCAACAAAUCAUCAACUUCUGCUAUUAACGUUUCAUCACCCGUCUCAUCUCAAACCCCCAACAGUUCAACGCCACCACCAGAAGAUCGACGAAGUACUUCAAUUGCUGAAUUACGACUGAAAGCUCGUGAACAUGAGAUGCGAUUAGAAGUUAUGCGUCAAAAUGGUCACGAAACUCUCAAUGAAUGA